CACUCUCUAUCUCGCGCGCGCGAAAGCCGGCAUCUUGUUUCAGUCUCGCGAGAAGUAGCGCCAGGGCAAUAAUCUGCGUGCAUGCCUCGCUAACGUGUUCUCUCAUUUCUCUAGUUCAUCGCUUUUCGGUUUGACUCUUUCCGUAGCCUUUCGUUGUUCAUUUUUUUCUUUGCAAUGUCUCGCUACCUACGACCUCCAAACAGCUCGCUGUUCGUCCGGAACAUUGCGGAUGAUAUCAGAUCUGAAGAUCUACGUCGAGAGUUUGGUCGCUAUGGUCCUAUCGUUGAUGUCUAUGUUCCACUAGAUUAUUACAACCGUCGCCCCAGAGGAUUUGCUUAUGUUCAAUUUGAAGAUGUCCGUGAUGCAGAGGAUGCUUUACAUAACUUGGAUAAGAAAUGGAUAUGUGGCCGCCAAAUCGAAAUUCAGUUUGCACAAGGCGACAGAAAAACUCCACAUCAGAUGAAGGCAAAAGAAGGGAGUAGCACAUAUGGUUCCUCACGGUAUGAUGAUGACCGAUACAAUAGAAGAUCCAGGAGCCGCAGUUAUGAAAGGAGGAGGUCCAGAAGUCGUUCUAUUGAGCAGAACUAUGGCAGAUCUAACAGUCCAAGAGGGGGAGGAGCAGAGAGAUUACGUCGAAGCAGAAGCCGGUCAGAUCAUGGCAGAUUCAAUCGUCGGAAUAGAUCACGCUCAAGAUCUGGAUCAAACUCUCGGUCUCGUUCCAAAUCUGAGCCAAAGAAAACUGUAAGAGAACAAGGUUCUGGCUCCAGAUCCAAUUCCAGGGGACAUUCAAAAGCAGAUUCCAAGUCUCGUUGUAGAGAGAGUUCCAAGUACAACCGGGAGUCCAGGAGAGAGGAGCAAGCGUCUAAAUCGCCAUCUCGCUCAGUGUCUCGAUCAAGAUCUAAAUCGAGGUCACGGUCUUGGAAUAGCCACAAAUCGAGUGGCCAUUAAUGCUGCUUCCGUUUAAUAUGAAUGUCUCAUUAGAAUUACAGUGAAGCUAUUAUGCUCAGUUGUUUUAUUACUCUUUCUUUGCAGCGGGUGAUCAAAAAAAACAUUAAAUUUUUUUGGGGGGGUGGCUUUCUCCUUAACAUACAUUUGAGCUAUAGACCCUGAAGUUUUGAAAAAUGGCUGCAAGUGUUUUAAGCAUUUUAGAUAAACGCCCUGCCCCAAACGACAUACUUUCCUUGUAAUCAUUUUGAACCGAGAUUUUGUCCAGUUAUAUUUCUAACUGAAGUAUGAAUGAAAAGUUCUUGGGCUCCAAUCUAAAAUGUUGGGAAUUAGUGCUACAUGAGGAAUGUACCAUUUUCUGUUACUGCGGUUGUUCACAGCACUGAUAAGCAAUCUGGAUACUGUAUUGUAGUGUGACUGGAGUUUAGUAAUCCAUGUUGGCAUUUAAUAUAAUACAUCAUUAACAAAGAAACCCAAUAUUUUUACACUUUUUAUUUCUUAACCUUUUUAUUAUUUUUUUAAAGAAGGGGUUUUUGCUUAACAUUCAGCUGGGUGAGAUGCAUGUGUAGCAUUGUUUCAUUCUGACAAUUGGUGCUACUAUGUUAUCCCCUCAUUGAGCGGCUCAAUCUCAUUUAGUACAGCACAAAGGUGAGGUUCUUCAUCGCAACCCCCCCCCCCCCCCCUUGUAUAACCUCGAAGUGGCACAUGUACAAAUAAAUGUUCAUGCAGUUUCUAAUUUCUCAUUUACAUUAUCAUGGUUUCCUUUUUUUAAAGAUUGCAUUGUUAAAUUAAAAUCACCUUUGUAUAUUUUACAAUUCUUAUGUUCCUAUUGCUAUGCAAUCAUUUAUAAGCAUGUUUUUGUUUUGUAGACAUUAAAGGUGUAUUUCAUAUGUGAUACUAGCAGUAGAAUGCAGUUGUGGAAUUGAAAUUUGUAUUUCCUCUCUUAAAGAAGGCUGUAAAACAAAAAAUAUUUUUAUAUGUUCUUUUUUUAAGCAAUGCUAUUAAGGUAACACUCAAAAGGUUCUGCAUAUGUCCACUAUUCUGCUUGCUGUAUAUAUGGCAAAUUAGCUGUAAUAAAAAAUAUAGAACAUUU